AUGAGUGCAUUGAAGAUAUUAAAUCAAAAUAGUGAAGCAAGUAGACGUGAUCAAUCUCUUAUGAUGAAUAUGCAUGCAGCAAGAUCGUUAGAAGCAAUAUUAAAAACAAACUUAGGACCAAAAGGAACAUUGAAGAUGUUAGUUAGUGGAUCAGGUGGAAUUAAAUUGACCAAAGAUGGAAGGGUAUUACUUAACGAAAUGCAUAUUCAACACCCAACUGCCAAUCUUAUUGCACGUGCUGCUACAUCACAAGAUGACAUUGUUGGAGAUGGAACUACAUCUACUGUAUUGUUAUGUGGAGAAAUUAUGAAACAAUGUGAACCAUAUUUAAGCGAAGGAAUUCAUCCAAGAUUGUUAGUUGAGGGGAUUGAAUUAGCAAGACAACAUUUAUUUGAUUAUUUACCAAAAGUUGUAAAGAAGAUUGAUUGUAAUGACCAAUUAGUUCUUGAACACGCAGUAAAAAGUGUUAUUGGAACAAAAAUUACUAUAGACUUUGUAGACCAAUUAUCAAAAAUGAUUGUUGAUGCAGUAAAACUUAUUAAAAUUAAUAAUACUAUUGAUUUGUUUAUGGUAGAAAUCCAAAGUAUGAAACAUAAAUUUGCAACAAACACAGAACUUAUUAAAGGAUUAGUCAUGGACCAUGGAACUCGACAUCCAGGAAUGCCUCAUGAUAUAAGAAAUGUAUUUGUAUUAACAUGUAAUGUAUCUAUGGAAUAUGAGAAGAGUGAAGUGAAUAGUUCAGUUUGUUAUUCUGAUGUAACACAACGAACAGAAAUGGUAAAGAAUGAAAGAAAGUAUGCAGAUGAUCAAGUAGCUAAGAUAGUUGAUUUAAAGAGAAGAUUAGUAGAGAAAUAUGGAGAAGAUGUUGGACUUCUUGUUGUGAAUCAAAAAGGAAUUGAUCAACCAAGUCUUGAUAAACUUGCAGCUGCAAAAGUUAUGGGAUUAAGAAGAGCUAAAAGAAGAAAUAUGGAAAGAUUAACUCUUGCAUGUGGAGGAGUUGCAUUAAAUAGUUUUGAAAAUGAAAUUCCAUUUGAAUGUUUAGGACAUGCUGGACAUGUAUAUGAGACAGUUAUUGGAGAAGAGAAAUAUACAUUUGUAGAAGAAUGUGAACAUCCAAAGUCAUGUACUAUUCUUAUUCGAGGGUCUGAUGAACAAGAAAUUGAACAAAUUAAGGAUACAAUUAGAGAUGGAUUAAGGGCAUGUAAAAAUGCUAUGGAAGAUGGAGGAAUAGUUUUAGGAGCAGGGGCAUUUGAGUUACAAUGUUGGAAAGAAUUAAAAGAAUUUGCUAAAAAUGUUAAAGGAAAAGCAAAAUUAGGAGUUGAAGUAAUGGGAAAUGCAAUGUUAAUUAUACCAAAAACUUUAAUAGAAAAUAGUGGGUAUGAUGUUAUUGAACGAUUAUAUGAAUUAGAAGAUAAUAUUUUAGAAGGAAAAAUUGGAGGAGUUGAUAUUGAAACAGGAGCAUUUAAAGAAAUAGAUGAUGUUUGGGAUGGAAUUAGAGUUAAGAAACAAAUGAUUCAAUUAGCAAGUGUGCUUGCAUCUCAAUUAAUGUUAAUUGAUGUUGUAAUGAGAUGUGGAUCAGCUAAGAAUCGACCUGCAGGAGCUGAUGCUGGACAAUUUAAUUAA